UACAUGUAACAGAGACAAUGAGGAUAAUGUGUCAUUUCUAUAUUGCAUCUGUCACCAGCCACGUUUACAGCGAAAUCAUAUAUUGUUUAAUAACAGCUGGCCCUAAUGUAAGGGUAUUUGCCUCCACCACAGUUAGCAGGAAUUUAUUGACAAGAGCAAAUGCAGACAGUGGGGACAUUACAAGUUGUUUUAGUGCAGAAUUCUCAUGGAAACCUUGGCCAGCUCUCCUUCCACCCAGAAAAUGGGGAGCCGCAGCUUUUCUUUUUUUUUUUUUACAGUUGAAAUCUAACUCUGCAGUUUUGUUUUAAUGAACGACACGUUUAUGAAGAAUCGAAUGAUCCUCGUAAAUUUUUUAUUGAAGGACAUAAAAACAUCCAGCCCUCAGCAGACGAAUACAGACAUUCAUUGAAAGAUGGGAGUAGCUUAAACACUUUUAUUUUGUGUAAAUGUCUCUCCUUGUUUUCUAUUGCCCCCUCUCAAACUUUAGUGGCUUGCUUCUCACUAACUGCUGGCUAGCUACAGAACAGAAAAGGCUAAGGCAAAGGCUUGCAGUGCAGGGGAGCCUGGGGGAAAAAACAUUUAUUUUUUCUUAUAAUUUUAAGGAACUGUGAGUGGCAUAAAUAGCAAUGUGCUGCUUCUGUCUUAGUGAUUAUAAACGAAAUCUAGGAAUCAUAAUAUAUUUGUAAUGAAAAGCUAUGUCUCCCUCUGCACUAUAUAUCCAUGCUUGGAAACUGGCAGCAACAGAAGAAGAGACAGAGAUGGAUUGCGUCAAGAAAUAGUCCCCUUCUCACAUUCUUACUUCCCUUUCAUUCUCAUUUCCACCUCCUUAAAAGUAAGAAAGUCAUGGGUGCACAGUCAGACCCUAGAUGGACCCUGCUUUGGUGUGCGCCUCAUUUAAUCGGUUUUAUUAAAACCAGACCGUUCAGCUUUCCUUAAGGAGAAAGGGGAAAGGACCUGCGCAUUGAUCUGCACUGUAUUUUUUUUUUUUUUGGGUAAAUACAAUCACGUGGGGGCGCGAGAGCCAAUGACAAGCGUGAAAGGCUGAAAAAAUAAUUACCUGCCCUGAUUGUUCUAUGAGCAGAUAAAAAGUACACAUACAGUUCAUACAAUAAUCUUAUGAAUGUAAAAGAAGGGGGAACAAUGUCUGCGUCUGGUCCCAUCAGCAACUAUUAUGUGGACUCUCUGAUCAGCCAUGAGAGUGAAGACCUCUUGGCUUCCAGGUUCCCCAGCACUGGAGCUCACCCAGCUACUGCCAGACCUUCAGGAUUAGUCCCGGACUGUGGAGAUUUUCCUUCCUGCAGUUUUGCCCCGAAACCUGCAGUUUUUACCACCUCCUGGGGUCCUGUGCACUCCCAGUCUUCAGUGGUCUACCACCCAUACAGCCACCACCAGGCGCACUUGGGAACAGACGCAAGAUAUAUGCGCACUUGGCUGGAGCCCAUCUCAGGGACCGUCUCUUUCCCAGGUUUUGCAGCCAGCAGCAGGCACUACGGACUCAAGCCUGACGCAUUUUCCACCAGGAGAGAGUGUGGCCCCAGUGAUGGGCGCAGCUACCCGGAUUAUAUCUACGGAUCCCCCGGAGACCUCAGAGACAGGCCACUUCUACACUCCAUUCCCUCCCCGGAGUCUGAGGCCACCCUUUCCAGCAAACACAAAGAGGACAAGUCGGAAUUGGACCCGAACAACCCUGUAGCGAAUUGGAUCCAUGCUCGCUCUACAAGGAAGAAACGUUGUCCUUAUACCAAGUAUCAGACUUUGGAACUCGAAAAGGAGUUUUUAUUUAAUAUGUAUCUAACCAGGGACCGGCGCUAUGAAGUAGCCCGGGUGCUAAAUCUCACUGAGCGCCAAGUUAAAAUCUGGUUUCAGAACAGAAGGAUGAAAAUGAAGAAGAUGAACAAGGAGAAACCCGACAAGGAGCAGCCCUAGAGACUCACACAAUUACUAAUAUGUAUAACCUCAACAUGACAAAUAUGUGAAGAAAACAUUAUUUUUUUUUUUUGGCAAAAAAAAACUUUUCUGACUAUGAAUGUGGAGAUCAGUGUUUAGAAUAGAUAAACACAGGCGCAUUUUUUGGAAGCACAGGCUUUUAUAAAAUGCCAUUAAAAUGUUUCCUUCCCCUUAACCAAGAGAGUACUUGAAUAUAUAUAUAUUAUUUUUUUUAGAAUUUUAUUUUGUAACUUAUACUUAACCAGUGUUAAUUUUUAAUUUCAAGAGUUUGUCAGUGCAUAUUUUGUAUAAAACAAAAUCGGAAUACCAAUAUGUUUUUGUUAUAGUCUCCGAAAGUCCGUUGGAUUGUACAUAUUUGUGUAUUUUAUUCUUGUCACGGAAAUCCUUUUGUGUAUUGUUAUGUUAUGCUUGUAGUACAGCUCUCUGUAAAUAUAGAAAAGAACACUACAAUUCUUCUUUGCCUUUGUUGUGGCUGCUCCCCCCCCCAUGAAACAAAGGAGUACUUAACAUAUACCUCACUAAUAAACAUGGAUUGGUAUAUAUAUAUAUAUAUAUAUAUAUAUAUAUAUACAUAUAUAUAUAUAUAUAUAUAUAUAUAUAUAUAUAUAUAUAUAAUUACUUUAUCUACUUACGAUUUUUUUAAGGAGGCUUCAAGAUCCUCUAUUAACAAGAUCCACCACUGACAUGACAUCCCCAGUCGAUUCUUGUGUCUCACAAAAGCACAGUUAUUUAGUUAUACAAUAUAUUUGUGUAUCAGUAUGUGAAACCUUCUCAGGACAAUCCUGUUCAGAGCAGAUGAUUUUAGAGCUGGCUGUCUAUGGGUAAUUUGCAUCUGAUUUCCAAGUUACAAUAAAUGGCUGUGUUAUUUAUGGCCAGAGAAAGUCUAGAGAAGUGUCAGGUUCGGACAAUAAGGGAGAGCAACAUUCCUAAUUUAAGUUGCUUUCUGCAAGUGCCUCUUGAAGAACGCAGAUUUUAGUAACGUGUAGGGAUAUUUUACUUUGAACAAGUUGUUUUAAUACCAAUAUACCAGUAUUCAAAGAGAGUGCGACAACAUUUAUAUGUAGAUUGUAGUCAGGAAGAUGUAUAUUUGUUUUUUUUACCAGAUAUGGUGCUUGAAGAGUAAACACCAUCAGCAGGUAAAAGCUAACAAUGCUGGGCGAAGUACAAUGUAACAUAUCUCCUGUCCUUAACUGCAUUCAAAGCAUCUCUGCAGCUGCCCACUUUAAUUUGGGAUAUUAGAAUAAUAAGGGUUUAAUGUUGUAUAACCAGGUAGAGUAUAGGAACAGUCACUGCAUGGUUCACCUCGUGUAUAUUUGCAACUCCAAGCGGGGAAUUAAUUUGAAAUCGACCGUGCUCUAUGAUUUAAUUAUACCUUUGCAAUUUGUCACCUUAAAUAAACUGUGACUUCUGUUUCCUGCCCUUUAACGUUACACAGCAGUGCAGUACAGUGCACGCAUGAUUAUUAAUAUUCUUUUUUCCCAUUAUUUAUUUUGUAACCAAAGGGGAUUUUUCUUUUUUUUUUUUUUUU